GUGCUCUUCUUCUUCCCCUCCGUGCCGCGCCGCCGCUGCUCUCCGCCCCUUGUGAUUUGUCUCGUUUUCCUUUUAUUUCACUCCUUCGUCUCUCUCCUCUUGGCGGCUCCUCUUUCUUUCUCUUCCUUCAUCUACAGCAUUCUUAGCUUCCCUUUUACACGCCGUGUUCUCCUUUGGGUGUUGCUUUACAAUUCAUCAGCCCUCUAUUCGCAUUGCGCUGCUGCUGCUGCUGCUUGCUCGCGUGUACUUGACCGCUGCCUCGCCCGCUUAGCCGCCAUGGCUCAGAUCGAAUACAUUGAAGGUCCCGUGGACGCCGUGAGGAGAAUCAGUCUUCACGGCCUCAAUGGCGACGCUAAUGCAAAGCCUGCCGGCUUCACCAUCAAAAACAUUUGCUGUGUCGGCGCCGGCUAUGUUGGUGGCCCUACAGCGGCAGUCCUUGCCUUCCAGAACCCUCACAUCAAGGUCACUGUUGUUGACCGCGACGAGAACCGCAUUCGACGAUGGAACUCUCGCCACCCUCCCAUCUACGAGCCUGGCCUGCAUGACAUUGUGCGCGUAGCCAGAGACGGCGGCCGCGCUACUGUCAUUUCCAAUGAGCCCACGUCCGAUGCCGACUCCGGCCCUGUGGACGAGGGUGAGACACGCAUUCCUGUUCGUCCUGCUAACCUCUUCUUCACCACGGAUGUUGGCAAGUGCAUCGCCGAGGCCGACAUUGUCCUCGUCGCUGUUAACACGCCCACCAAGGAGCGCGGUGUCGGCGCCGGUAGCGCUACCGACAUGACCGCCUUUGAGGCUGUCACUGGCGUUGUGGCCCAGUACGCUCGCGAGGGCGCCAUCAUUGUCGAGAAGAGCACGGUUCCUUGCCGUACUGCUCAGCUCGUUGCCGAGACUCUCAGCAUGCACCGACCCGGCGUUCACUUUGAGAUUCUCUCCAACCCGGAAUUCUUGGCUGCUGGUACUGCCGUAAACGACCUUCUCUACCCCGACAGAAUCCUUAUUGGUUCGGCGCCUACGCCCACCGGUAAGAAGGCCGCUGAGGCCCUUGUUGAGGUCUACGCCUCCUGGGUGCCCCGCGACCGCAUUCUUACUACCAAUGUGUGGUCGUCUGAACUCGCCAAGCUGGUGGCCAACUCGAUGCUUGCCCAGCGCAUUUCCUCCAUCAACUCCAUUUCUGCUGUUUGCGAGCAGACUGGCGCUGAUGUCGACGAGGUGGCGCGUGCCGUCGGUGUCGAUCCCCGAAUUGGUAACAAGUUUCUGGUUGCUGGUAUUGGAUUUGGCGGCAGUUGUUUCAAGAAGGACGUGCUCAACCUCGUCUACUUGGCUGAUACCUUUGGUCUGCCCGAAGUUGGCGAGUACUGGAGACAGGUUGUCAAGAUGAACGAGUACGCGCGUGAUCGCUUCUCCAACCGUGUCAUCAAGUGCCUCAACAACACCCUUGUUGGCAAGAAGGUGUGCAUUCUGGGCUACGCCUUCAAGAAGAACACCUCCGACACUCGUGAGGCUCCGGCUCUGGAGAUGAUCAAGACGCUUCUUGAGGAGCGUCCUCGCGAAGUCGCCGUCUUUGACCCUUGCUGCAACCCUCUUGUCAUCAAGACGGAGAUUAACCAAAUCCUUGGUGAAAUUGCCACCAAGAACAACAUUUGCGUCUAUGACAACGCCUACGACGCUUGCAACCAGAGCACCGCCGUCGUCAUUGCCACCGAGUUUGACGAGUUCCGCAACCAGCCCGCUCCUCAACCUAUCCCCCAGCCUGCUGAUCAGCCUGCGCCCAAGAGCAGAAAGCCGAACCCCAAGUCCGAUCCUCGACCAUUCAAGACUGCCCAGCCAACCCCUAACAACCUCUUGGCCCUUCACAAGCAUCUUGUUCAGCGCAACAACGAAGCCAUUGAAGAUCCCCUCACCAUCUUCAACGUCGAACCCAGCUGCGAACCAACGUGCCCCGACUGUUUACAAGAACAAGCCAGCAAGCUCAGUGGCCACUCUACCGGUAUGGGUAGCGCAGAGGACUACAAGCCCAAGGAGCGUUUGGACUGGGCUCGCAUUGCCGAGACCAUGUCGAAACCCAGAUGGCUGUUUGACGGUCGCGGUGUCAUUGAUUCUCGCGAAAUGAUCAAGCUUGGUGUUCGUGUGGAGAGUGUUGGUCGCCAACACCGCUUCUAAGCGCAAAGAUGUCAUGAUCUAGCAACAUCGCGGGUGGUGGUUUGGUGCAAUCGGAAAAUACAAAAUAUAGGCGCAUAGCGUUUGGGUCUGCUCAUUUGAUGAUGUAAACGACUAAAGACAGUCGGAGCAAGAGCGCGGAGUUUUUUUGUUUUUUUUACAUUUCAGUUUACUUUUAUACAGCAUAGACAAAAACUGGAGUCAAGUACGUCCUACGAAACAGGCUCAGUUGCCAUGUUUGGAUAAACAGCAUGGUAUAUAAUCAAAAUCAAUUCAUAAUAUUUUCUACAACUCCAAAUCAAUUUGUCCUUCAACCCUAUUUAGACUGUCACCUUGUUUCCGUCUGAUGCCGUCUGCUCACUGAGUUCACGACGAGGAGGGAUUGUGUAGCCAGUAUAGAACCAUACGCAGAUGGCAAUGUACUCGGGGAGCAGUGCCAUAAGUGCGAAUGCAACAGCUGAUCCGAAUAAAGGGCUCCAGAUGGUAUUGAGAACAUCUUGUUCUGCGACCUCAAGGAUACCAUAGACUGUGCGAAGGAUGAGGAAGGGGCUUGCGAUGAGAUUUGCGCGCAAGAUUCUGCGACUCGAGUCGGUCAGGCUCAAUCGUUUGCCGAAGAAGUAUACCUGCAUGGAAAUGAGGACGACCAAGACCACAGCAAAUACAACGUAUCCGACGAGCGUAAGGAUUCUGCUCAGACUGAGGUUGAAUGACGACACGCCACCUCCUGCAGCGAAUAGUAUAAUGGCGGCGAUGAAGGCGAUGCGGAGAAGCUUGGCGAUUUUGGUGGAGGCGGGAUUGUGGCUGUAGUUGUCCAUCAAG